AUGGAUGACGCCAGUGGAGACUGUAUCGAGCGCCAUGCACAAGCUGCCGAGAAGGACAGGCAGAGUGUAACCGACCACGGAGGUGAAGCGCACGAGAUACUUCAGCAAACGUACAAGACCCAGGCUCACCUCGACCCGACAAGAUGGUGGUUCGCAUCAUCUGCAUUCCCCAUGAUGGCUGGCACCCUAGGUCCUGUUGCGUCGGCUUUCAGUAUAUGCGCCCUGGUUCGACCUUGGAGGCAGCAUAUGCCGCCAGGAACCAACGUUAGCCAAGCCGAGUUUGUCGAGGACCCGUCAUAUCUAAUUGCAGUUAACGCCGUUCAGCUAGCGGUUGCCAUAGUGGCCAACUUAUUCCUGUUGCUGAACAUGGCCAGACGUAUCCGGUUCACGAUAGCCAUGCCCGUGACUAUUGUGGGAUGGUAUCUUUCGUCUAUCUGCCUCAUAUGUCUCGCUGCUACAGCUGCAGGACCAUUAGUCCUCCAGCCUGCGGAACAGUACAUCUGGUCACAGGCCUUUUUCUAUGGUAUUUAUGCUGCCAUACUUUACUUUGUCGUGGCCACGCUUCUCGUCAUCACGGCGUACGGGGCUUACAUCGGCCGCUACGACAGCGACUUUCAGCUUACGUCGAGCCAGCGUACCUUGAUGCUGCAAACAAUCAUGUUCCUCAUGUACCUACUCGUCGGAGCACUGAUCUUCUCCACGAUUGAGGGAUGGUCGUACCUUGAUGCCGUUUAUUGGGCCGAUGUGACCUUGUUCACUGUCGGCUUCGGAGACAUGGGAGCGGCGACACCGCUGGGUCGAGGACUAUUGUUCCCGUAUGCCCUGAUUGGCAUCAUAAGCCUGGGUCUCGUUAUCGGAUCGAUUCGGAGCUUGGUGCUAGAGCGUGGAAGAAGGAUGAUAGACGCACGUAUGGUCGAGAAAAAGAGACGGCACACCGUCAGGCGUCUUACGAAAAAAGGCCAGAUCGAUAUACUCGCGCCUGUUAGGAAUGGAGCCGAAGACCAGAAUGAGAAUGAGCACUUGAACGACCCCAGCAAUCCAGCAGAAAUCGCACGAAGACAAAAGGAGUUCCAGCUGAUGAGGCAGAUCCAGGCACAUGCAGCCAAACGGAGACGAUGGGUCGCAAUGGCUCUCUCUUCGACCACAUGGAUUGUACUGUGGCUUCUUGGAGCCUACGUCUUUCAAGCAUGCGAGGCUCCGUAUCAGGGUUGGGGCUACUUUGAUGGGGUUUACUUUGCCUUUGUCAGCUUGACAACCAUAGGUUAUGGCGACGUGACGCCUAUCUCAAAUCCCGGAAGGUCCUUUUUUGUGUUUUGGUCGCUUCUAGCUCUGCCGACGACGACGGUUCUCAUCUCGAAUGCCGGCGACACUAUUGUGAAAAGUAUCAGAGACCUGACGGACCGGAUCGGAGAGGUUACCAUCCUCCCUGGUGACAAGAACGUCGCGGAGGACAUGAAGGCGAUUGUGCGGACGCUGUCGCUUGGAAAACUGUUCAACGAUAGUGAGGAACAGGUCGAUGGUCUGCCGCCAGGCUUCCUUGGUCAGGCGAGAAUUCGGCGCUCCUCCGAUGACGAUGACAGCUCUGAACGGGAUGAGGGAGACGAUGUUGAAUCAAAAUCCAAGCCAAAUGAGACAGGGGCUGGCAAAGCAAAGACGACUGCUGAGGGCUCAAGGUCUCAGAUGAAAGAGAGGUACCCGAACAGAAAAGAAAAAGGCCCAGCUCAGCACGAUGGUGCAGUAUCUCGAGAAGCCGCACUGGGAUUUCCUCAAGACCUUCCCACAAGCCGUGCCGCUUACCACGUUGUGCUCAUUGACGAAAUCGCGCGCGUCGCUAAGCAUAUGAAACAAAAGCCGCCGAAGAAGUACAGCUUUGUCGAGUGGGCAUGGUACCUACGCCUUAUCGGUGAGGAUGAGAGCAACCCAGAGACACAUCGUCAGGCGCAGCCACAUGGGCGCAGCCACCACUACCUAACACACUUGGGUCGGAAGAAGGCGCAGAGGAAUGAAGCUGAGGAAAACGGAGAGCCGGCAAGCAAAGACGGAGACAUGUCCGAGAAACCUGGCAGCUGGAGCUGGAUCGGAUCUCAAAGUCCAUUGAUGGGGAGACAGGAUGAGGCUGAAUGGAUACAUGCCAAGCUGGUGAUGAAGUUGUCGGAAGAGUUGCGGGCUAAGAGGGAUGAGGAAAGGGUGUUUCAACUAGGAGAAAGUAGUCAAAGUUCUGAGUGA